AUGCUGCGGCAGCGCAACGGGCGGCUCCUCUCCCGGCUGGAGCGGGUGCUGCAGCUGCUGGAGUUCGACGGCAGCGUGGAGGAAGACUACAUCCGGAUCGCCCGGUGCUUUGAGGCGACGCGCCAGAGAUGCUGCCGUCUGGAGCAGGAUGGGCGACGGGUCCGGGAGCAGCUGGCCCGUGUGGAGGCCGAGCGGGCAGCGCUGGAGGUGAAGCUCAAGCACGCCCGCAACCAGGUGGAGGUGGAGAUGAAUAAGCGGCACCGGGCAGAGGCUGAGCUGGAGAAGCAGGAGCGCAAACUUCAGCUGGUCUUUGAGACCCUCAUGCGGGAGCCAUGGGGCAGCGGGGAGCAGUGCUCUGUCCUCAGCGCCCUGGCUGGCCGGCGUUUUGCAGCAUCCCUGGUGCCAGGCAGGAGGUCGUCUGCAGUGGACGAGUCGUGCCAGUCCCUCCUGUCCCACUCGGACAUCAGCUAUGACCGCACCGAGGAUGAUGUGGAUGUUGAUAUGACGGUGGUGCGGACCCUGAAGCGCAAAACCCAGGAGAGGCAGCGUGUGUCCCUGGCCCCUCAGAUUGGCCCUGUGGUGGUGGCGAAGCGGCACCGGUCUUCUGUGGCACCCCACAACACCGUGAGCAUCCCUGCCGUGUCCCCUCCUGUCGAGGUCACAGGCCCUGCUGGCAGCCUCCUGCCCACCGCUCUGGUGCCGCGACGCCGCUCUCGCCAGGGACACCGUGUCUCCACACGUGCAGAGCUGACCACGGCAUGGGCCACCAGCGAGGACCUGGGCUGCCAUGCCCCUGGGCAGGAGAGCCACACGGAGGGCAGCUCCGCAGAGAAGCCAGCAUCAGCCCCCUUCCCCUCGCUUCCACGGGGCCUCCCUUCUCUCCAGCACCAGUUCACCUCCAAAACGGUGAUCCGCCCCGAGCCGUGCGGUGUCUGCGGCUCCCGCAUCCGCUUUGGGAAGGCUGCUGUCAAGUGCCGCCAGUGCCAGCUGCUGCUGCACCCCAAGUGCCAGGAGCAGUGCCCCAGCCCCUGUGCACCCCGGCCUCACCAGCAUGCCUGGCCCAGCGAGGGCGUGCUGGCUGACUUCGCCCCCGCCACGCCGCCGCUGGUGCCCGCGCUGGUGGUGCAGUGUGUGACUGAGGUGGAGACGCGAGGCUUGACGGAGACAGGGCUGUACCGGGUGCCAGGCGCGGAGCAGCUGGUGCGGGAGUGGAAGCGGAGGCUGCUGCGGGCUGGAGGUGCGCUGCCAGCCCUCGGCAGCGUGGCUGACAUCCACGUGGUGUGUGGGGUGCUCAAGGACUUUCUGCGGGGGCUCAAGGAGCCGCUGGUCACCUUCAGCCUGCACCCCGCCUUCCUGCGGGCUGCCGACAUCCCUGACGAUGCUGCCUGCGGCACAGCCCUGCGCCACAUGGUGAGCAAGCUGCCCCCAGCCAACAGGGACACCCUGGCCUUCCUCAUGCUGCACCUGCUCAGGGUGUCGCACAGCCCCAACUGCAAGAUGGAUGUCCUCAACCUGUCCCGUGUGUUUGGUCCCACACUGGUGGGACACGGCUCAGCCAACCCCACGCCGCUCGCCAUCAUGGAGGACACGCCGCGGCAGUGCAAGGUGGUGGCUCGGCUCCUCUCGCUGCCACCCAACUUCUGGAGAGGCUUCCUGGGGACAGAGCAGGAGAACCUGGUGCCGAUGCCAGCCCCGGUGGGUGAACGCGAGCCGUUCUUCCGCCCCAUCGUCUCCCUGGAGCCCAAGCCGGGCCAGCUGAGCCCAGCCGGCACCUGCUGCCUCCCCAACACCCUGCGGAGCUGCGUGGGCACGGCCACCCAGCCCCCGCAGGGGCAGGCUCCGAGGAAGGUGGGCCGGUUCUUCCCUUCUCCAGUGUAG